UUAUCCCUCGACUUCAAAGCUUCUGCCAUUUCUCUCGGUUAUCAGCUCCCCACCGUAACCAUCAACUCCUUAAUCCAGUUCCUCCUCAUCUCGUUCGAUUUCGGAACCCAAAUCAUCACUUCCUUAACCACCGAGACUAACCCCCGAGAGCGACCUCCUGCUCCCUCCCGUUUCCGCUAGCGAAACCGCCACCGCCACCGCCACCUCCACCUCCACCUCCAAUAGUUCCAUAUUCACCGAGACUCAACGCAAUCCUCGACAAACCCCCUAUUUCGCAUAUCCUUAGACAACUCCACUCCAUUUUCCCCAACCCAUCGAUGCUGAAGCAGAACCCAUUUUCGCCCUUUGAGGCCAAACCAGCUUCUUCCCACGAACCCACCGUUCAUCCACCAGUGCACAUCCAGUGAGCAGCACCAGCGAGGUCCCUCCCAUCGUAGCAGUUCCACAGUGCAUUUCGGGAUUCUUCGGUAGCUCCAGAGGCAGAAUCUCAUUUUCAUUGGCAUCCCCAUCAGCAAAUUGGGCCAAGGGUUUAAGUAUUCGUAAAUCUACUGUUAAUCGCCCAUCUUUCAGUUCUGUUUUUUCGAUUGAAUGCAAAUAUUAACUUCUUUAUUUUGGGUUUUCUAUACUGUUGAGUUUUGAGAAUCUGUUGUUUGAGAACUUCCUGCAUUUGCUCUUUGGAACUUCCUGCUUUUGACUGUGGUAAAAAUCCUAUCAUUUAUGUUGAGAGUCAAAUCCUAAACCCAAAACCCUAAACCAUUCUAAAUAGAUAAAAACAAAAUUGUCCUAAACCUUGUAUGAGAGGUUGUUUCAAGUGAGAGAGAAAACAUAGAGUUAGAAAAUGUCGAUUGGGUUGGGAGUGGAGUUGCCGUUUGGGUGGAUUUCCAGCUGUCCUGAUGCAUAUAGCCACGCUCAUAGGAAGCGAAUCCCUGGCCGUCUGCAUCUCACUUCUUCUUUUCCUGGCGAUGCUUGUACUAGUAAUGACGAAACUCUGAACAGUGGAAAAAACAAUGGUGCCGUGGUUUCAGGAACCACGGCAAGGGGAAGGAGAUUACUCAAAAUUCGGGAAGAAAAGAGGAAACGUGAAAUAGAUCGCCUUAACAAUUACCCUUCCUGGGCAAAAGUGCUUGAAGAUGCGUGCAAAAACGAUGAGGAGCUCCGAGCCGUUCUUGGAGAUAGCAUAGGCAACCCCGAACUCAUGAGGAAAAGAGUUGAAGAUAGAGUAAGGAAGAAAGGUCGCAACUUUUACAAAUCAAAAAUGGGUUCUGUUCUUGCUUUCAGAGUCGGCUUUAGAGACUUCAAUCCUACGGAUUCCUACAUAUGGUUUGAAUUAUAUGGAUCUCCAUCUGAUCGGGAUGUUGAUCUUAUUGGCAGUGCUAUCCAGUCGUGGUAUGUUAUGGGGCGCCUGGGUGCUUUCAAUUCUUCAAAUUUGCAGUUGGCUAAUCAGUCAAUGGAGUACAAUCCCUUCUACGAUGCAGAUAAGGGCUUCAAGGUGAUGCCAUCAUCGUUCCAUGAUAUCAGUGACAUUGAAUUUCAGGAUAACUGGGGCCGCUUUUGGGUAGAUAUUGGUACAUCAGAUUUUUUUGCGGUAGAUGUGCUUCUCAAUUGCUUAACUGUAUUGAGUUCCGAAAAUUGUGGCAGCCCUAUAUUCUCCCCAUCAUUAUUAAAACUCCUUUUCUGGUUUUGUUUCUUUCUUCAUUUAUACAUGGCAGAUAUUUAGGCAUCCAACAGGUAGUUUUUGGGGGCCGCCAAAUAGGUGAUUGGGAAGAGGGGAUGACAGAUCCUGAUUAUGGGUACAAGUACUUCAAGAUUUAAGCAAAUAUGAAACACUCUUAAUUAUGACAAGUUUUGUAGUUUACAAAUUUUUAUUUUCUCGAUGGAGAAUAUAUAUUUUUUAUUGUGAUGAAAAUGUAAUUUUUUACAUAAGUAAAACAUUUAACUUCUGUUUGAAUU